AUGAACCACUACUUUUGGACAUCGUCGUUGUUGCUCUUCGCCGCCGUGCAGUACUCGGCCGUCGCGUUCAAGAUACCAGGGUUGUCGUCCAGUAGCAGCGGCAGCAGCAUUAACCGGACGCCACCUGUCAGGGGACCCGCAGCCAAUGCUGGUGGCCACAGAGGACCGGAAUCCGAGUACAUGGGGCCGGUGUUCAUAAUCAGAGAGCUGGACAAGGACAAGGGAGAGUACGACGCGUUCGUGACGACCGGCGGCAUACAGGAAGUGAGGCCGCCGCCGAUGAGCGACAGGUCGCUGCCGCCGCAGCAUGGCAAACCGUCCGCGGCCAGAGACGACGAGGACGCCGAGCACUUUGGCGUGCUGGUCACUCCCGAAACGGUCAAGCGGCUGGACCGCGACGAGAAGCUGAGGGCGUCGUCUAUCAACGUGACCAUGGCAGUGCUCCUGUCGGCCGCCUCGUCAAGGAUGCCCUGGCUGUUGGUCCUGCACCGCAAACAGUAUCCCCACCUGUUCGAGUACCAGCAACAGCAGCCCCAACAUCAGUACCAGACGCACCCGCCGCAGCAACAGCAGCACCAGCCUCACCCGCAACAGCAGCCACAACAGUACCAACAACAGCAGCAACAGCAACAGCAGCCGCAGUACCUUCAGCCAGCGCAGUCCGACUCGGUUCAGGUCGACAGCGGCGUUCCGGGGCUCCAGCACCCGCAAAUUCCACAGCGCCGUCGGUACCAGAUGGACAGGCAGCGCCGAGCCAUUCUGUAUUCGUCACCCGACGACAGCCGAGCGCCGCUGACUAUGGCGUUCGAGCACGAACUGCUGUCCACCAUGUGCUACAACUUCGUCCGAGACUACUAUUCGUCGCCGAAAACUUCAUCCGCCGAACAGUCACCCAGGCUACCAAUCACCCUGGUCGACGCCGAUUACCGACCGGAGCGGGAACAGUACGGCCGUGUCGAGGACCGACGCGAGCGGGAACCGGAACCGGAACAGUACGCCCGGUAUCGGCCCGACGUCUACUUGGACGCAGACGCUUAUGCGGCCGCGGCCACAGCCCCUUCCGGCCGCGAGCAACAAUCGCCGCCGCAGCCGGAACCUCAGGUGCAGCAGACAUCGUCCACGGUCCGACCGGAAGAACGGUCCGACGGCGUCAUCGUCGGCAUGGAGAUCCCAAAACGCGUUUCCUAG